AUGACGGUGAAACCGGUAACGGCGGUUGUAAUUGGUUCCGGGAUGACCGUCCGACCGGCCGCACAUUUCGCGCAAAAUGCAUCCGAGCGCGAACAGCGGCGACGCUCGAUCGUGAUACUUUCGCUACUGGCCGCUUGUGCGUUUCUGUUCGUGCUGUCACUUUGCCUACUGACAGCGCUGGUGAUGGUUGGGCGCAAUCUGUCAUCCGAUGCUGGCAGUCAUUCCGAGCUGACAGCUGCCACCGAUGAUAUGCAUUUAUUUGUCAACAACAACAGUAUUGCAUCGCACGACGGUGAAACCGCGUUCAGUGAUAACGGCACCGGUGGCCAGUACAACCGUAGCACUAUCUUCCUGCCGAACUCGGUGUAUUAUUCGGUGACACCAACAGCAACUCGGUCAGAGACGGCCGGUCGAAUGAAUCGGGUGUUUAAGAUGGGUACGCAGGUGGUGGACAAGUUAGGCUUCCGGUUACCGCGUCACAUUGCACCGGUGCAUUACGAGCUGUGGUUGCAUCCGGAUCUGCAGCGUGAAACAUUUGCCGGGCGCGUUGGUAUCGAGCUGAACGUGUCCGAAUCGACGAACUAUAUUGUGCUGCACAGCAAGCUGCUAACCAUCACGGAAAUGGUGCUGCGUGAGCUGAGGAGCGGUAAUGAGCGACCGGAGCGUGAAAUCAACAUAUCCCGGGCGUAUGAAAUGCCGGAGCAUGAUUACUGGAUCAUCGAAACGCAGGGCGAAAUAGGGGCCGGUGCUUAUCGGUUAAGUGUGCAAUUUAAUGGCAGCUUGGCGGACCGUAUCAUUGGGUUCUACAGCAGCAAGUACCUCGACAAGACCACGAACCGAACAAGAAAAAUUGCAACAUCCAAGUUUGAGCCAACGUUUGCUCGGCAAGCGUUCCCAUGCUUCGACGAGCCGCAUUUGAAGGCCGAAUAUACGAUCCAUCUGGUUCAUCCGUCCGGCGAUGGUUACGAGGCACUGUCCAACAUGAACAUCGCCGAAACGGUAGCGAACGUCCCUACGACCGGGUUAAGCACUACAAAGUUCGAGCGAAGCGUUAAGAUGAGCACCUACCUAGUGGUGUUUAUCGUGAGCGAUUUCCUUUAUAAGGAGGUGCAGAUCAUUCCGGUCCAUGGCAAUCCGUUUCCGUUGCGCGUAUACGCCACCCGGUUCCAGCAGGACAACGUUGACUAUGCGCUCGCCACCGCACGUACCAUCAUUGAGUAUUAUGUGAAAUAUUUCGGUAUCGCUUACCCACUGCCCAAGCUGGAUAUGGCGGCCAUACCGGACUUUGUGUCGGGUGCGAUGGAAACGUGGGGAUUGGUCACGUACCGUGAAACGUCCAUCCUGUACAACAAGGCCACGAGCAGCACGGCCAACAAGCAGCGGGUGGCGGGUGUGAUUGCGCACGAGCUGGCCCACAUGUGGUUCGGCAACCUGGUAACGAUGCAGUGGUGGAAUGAACUGUGGCUGAACGAGGGUUUCGCGAGCUACAUCGAGUACAAGGGCAUGCACGAGGCGUCCCCGGACUGGGGCAUCGAGGAGCAGUUCAUCAUCGACGAUCUGCACGGUGUGCUCACGCUCGAUGCUACGCUCGGUUCGCAUCCGAUCGUCAUGUCGGUCGAAAAUCCGAACCAAAUCACGGAAAUUUUCGACACAAUCACGUACUCCAAGGGUGCGUCGGUUAUACGCAUGCUGGAGGACUUUGUGACACCUGCCGUUUUCCAGCAGGGUGUUACGCAGUACCUAACGAAGCUGGCCUUCUCGAACAGUGUUUCGGAGGAUCUGAUGCGCGAGCUGGACGAGCUGGUGGACACGGUGAGCGUUACAACCGUGAUGGAUACGUUCACGAAGCAGAAAGGUUUCCCGGUCGUGACGGUCACGGUGAACGCUUUGCAGUACGUGCUACAUCAACAGCGCUUCCUGGCCGAUAAGGACGCGAAUGAGACGGAAGAAUCACCAUUCAGUUAUCGCUGGUACAUACCGAUCACGUACGUAGCCAGUAACACCGCUUCGGGUGCUGCGCCCCAACGGAUCUGGUUCCCGAACGAUCAAACCAUGGUGACGAUCGAUAAGCCGCAAGGUAGCAACUGGAUUAAGCUAAACUAUCGUCAGAUCGGGUACUAUCGGGUGAACUAUCCGGUGGAAAUGUGGGAACAGUUUGGUGAAGCUUUGCUCAAGGAUGUAAACACGUUCACGAUCGGUGACCGUACCGGACUGCUGAACGAUGCGUUUGCUUUGGCGGAUGCAACACUGCUUCCGUACAACAAUGCGCUCGAUUUGACGCGCUAUUUGAGCAACGAAAGUGAGUACGUGCCGUGGUCGGCCAUUGCGAGCAAGCUGAAGACGAUCCGCAAUCUGCUGUACAACUUCAACUCGUACGAUGACAUUACGAGCUACACCCAAACGUUAGUUAGCGAAGCGGUCCAAUCAGUCGGCUGGGUUGUACCGGAAGAUGGUGAACAUAUGAAAAACCUACUGCGUACGACGAUCCUCGAUCUAGCCUGUUCCUUCGGGCAUCCUGGGUGUAUGUCGGAAGCGAGCAAACUCUUCCUUGGUUGGUUGAACGACGGCGCCAUUAUCCAUCCCGAUUUACGCUCCGUUGUCUACACGUACGGCAUACAGUCGGGCGUAUCCGUGGCCGACUGGGACAAAGUGCUGGACCGUUUCCGACAGGAGAACGAUGCGAAUGAGAAGACGAAACUUAUGGUUGCCUUAGCGUCCUAUCCCGAUCAGCGCACGAUGCGUCGCUUCUUGGAACUGUCCUGGGAGGCGGCGUUGGUCCGCACGCAGGAUCAGCUUAGCUGCAUCCAGUACAUUGCCGCGAAUCGGCACGGCGAACAGCCGGCCUGGGAGCAUGUGCGCGAAAACUGGCCCCGCCUGGUGGAACGGUUCGGCAUCGGUGAGCGUAACCUCGGCCGGAUGAUUCCAUCGGUUACCGGGCGCUUUACGACGUUGGCGCGACUGAACGAGCUGGAAGACUUCUUCGCCCGUUAUCCGGAAGCGGGUGCUGGUGCGGCCGCCCGCCGCCAAGCGCUCGAAACCAUCCAGAACAACAUCCGUUGGCUGGAGCUUAACGAAGCGAACGUGGCCAACUGGCUGAAGGAAAAUAGAGUAUAG